CCUUAAAAGUGUGGUAAAUGUUUUGCAAGUACAACUCUUUGCAACAUAAAAAACAUAUAAGAAUUCAUUUAGAAGAAUGACUUUUAAAGUGUGAUAAUUGUGGAAGAUGAUUUUUAAGAAUCAGACUUUAAAGGCACACCUUAGAACACAUAUAGGAAAGAAGCCUUCCAAGUUUGACUACUGUGUUUGUGAAACGGGCAGCAUGGAAUACACAGGAUAUUGCACUGAACAUGGUCCUAUAAAAAUUGAAUCAGAUUCACAGGUUCCACCAGACUCCAUCAAUGGUGAGGACAAAGAUUAUUGUAGGACAACUCUGCCCCCUGGCCUGAUGAUUAAAACAUCAGACAUACCUGGCACUGGACUUGGAGUUUUUGCCACAAGAUUUUUUCCUGCCGGGACAAGGUUUGGGGCAUUUGAUGUGAAGACAGAGAGCAUCCAGCAAAUGGCACAUGGCUCUGAGUAUUGUUGGGAGAAUGGGAAAUUGUCCCAUUUUGUUGAUGCCAGUGACAGCUCUGUUUUAAACUGGAUGAGAUUCGUAAAAUGUGCACGUUAUGAGGAUGAGCAGUGUGUCACAGCAUACCAGCACAAUGGUGAAAUGUACUAUAUGGCUCAUAGGGACAUUGUUGCGGGCUCAGAGAUACUGGUGUACUAUGGUGACAAUUAUACCAGAGACCUGAGUAUUCAGGUACAGAAGGUUGGUGUUGUGAACAAUGACUGUGAUAUUGUUACAGAUAUCUAUCAGUGUCAGCAUUGCAGUUUGGCUUUUUCAAAACUUUCCUUUUUAAAUUCACAUUUAAAAAAGAAACAUGAAGGGGAAAACAUUGACAAUAAAGGUCUGGAUCUCACAGUUAACAACAGUGGACAUUCUUAUCAGUUAUCAAACUUUCAUCAACAACGUAGAAUUCAUAGAGGAAAAAAGCUUCACAAGUGUGAAACUUGUGUUUGUGAAACGGGCAGCAUGGAAUACACAGGAUAUUGCACUGAACAUGGUCCUAUAAAAAUUGAAUCAGAUUUACAGGUUCCACCAGACUGCAUCAAUGGGGAGGGCACAGAUUGUUGUAGGACAACUCUGCCCCCUGGGCUGAUGAUUAAAACAUCAGACAUACCUGGCGCUGGACUUGGAGUUUUUGCCACAAGAUUUUUUCCUGCCGGGACAAGGUUUGGGGCAUUUGAUGUGAAGACAGAGAGCAUCCAGCAAAUGGCACUUGGCUCUGAGUAUUGUUUGGAGGAUGGGAGGCCGUCCCAUUUUGUUGAUGCCAGUGACAUCUCUGUUUCAAACUGGAUGAGAUUUGUAAACUGUGCACGUUAUGAGGAUGAGCAGUGUGUCACAGCAUGCCAGCACAAAGGUGAAAUGCACUAUAUAGCUCAUAGGGACAUCGUUGCUGGCACAGAGAUACUGGUGUACUAUGGUGACAAUUAUACCAGAGACCUGAGUAUUCAGGUACAGAGGAUUGGUGUUGUGAACAAUGACUGUGAUAUUGUUACAGAUAUCUAUCAGUGUCAGCAUUGCAGUUUGGCUUUUUCAAAACUUUCGUAUUUAAAUUCACAUUUAAAAAAGAAACAUGAAGGGGUAAACAUUGACAAUAAAGGUCUGGAUCUCACAGUUAACAACAGUGGACAUUCUUAUCAGUUAUCAAACUUUCAUCAACAACGUAGAAUUCAUAGAGGAAAAAAGCUUCACAAGUGUGAAACUUGUGGUAAAUAUUUUGCAAGAUUCUGUCGUAUAAAGAUACACCUUAGAACUCAUCUAGGAGAAAAGCCUUACAAGUGUAACCAAUGUUGUAAAUGUUAUACACAGAUUACUCAAUUAAACAGGCACCUUAAAAUUCAUACUGAUGAAAAGGUUUACAAGUGUGACCAUUGUGGUAAAUGUUUUAUGAAGCAUAGGUACCUUAAGCGUCAUCGUAGAAUUCAUACAGGAGAGAAGCCUUACAAAUGUAACAUAUGUUGUAAAUGUUUUACCCAGUUAGGUCACUUACAGCAACACCAUAGAACUCAUUCAAAAGCAAAGCGAUACAAGUGUGACAAAUGUGGUAAAAGUUUUACUACUCUUUGUGAAAUAACAAGACAUCUUAGAAUUCAUAUUGGUGAAUUGCCUUACAGGUGUGACAUUUGUGGUAAAGGUUUUCCCCGUCCUGGCAUCUUAAAGAUACACAAUAGAACUCAUACAGGAGAGAAGCCUUAUACAUGUGACAAAUGUGGUAAAUGUUUUGCAAGUACACGCUAUUUAAAGGAACACAAUAGAACUCAUUUAGGAGAAAAACCUUACAAGUGUGAUAAAUGUGGUAAAUGUUUUACCCAGAAUAGUAACUUAUGGAUUCACCGAAGACUUCACAUAGAAGAGAAGCCUUACAAAUGUGAUCACUGUGGUAAAUGUUAUACUCAGUUAGGUAACUUAAAGAAACACCAUAAGACUCAUUCAAAAGCAAAACAAUACAAGUGUGACAGAUGUGGUAAAGGUUUUACUACUCUUUGUGAAAUAACAAGACACCUUAGAAUUCAUAUUGGUGAAUUGCCUUACAGGUGUGACAUUUGUGGUAAAGGUUUUCCCAAGCCUAGCAUCUUAAAGAUACACAAUAGAAUUCAUACAGGAGAGAAGCCUUACAAAUGUGACAAUUGUGUUUGUGAAACGGGCAGCAUGGAAUACACAGGAUAUUGCACUGAACAUGGUCCUAUAAAAAUUGAAUCAGAUUCACAGGUUCCACCAGACUGCAUCAAUGGUGAGGACAAAGAUUGUUGUAAGACAACUCUGCCCCCUGGCCUGAUGAUUAAAACAUCAGACAUACCUGGCGCUGGACUUGGAGUUUUUGCCACAAGAUUUUUUCCUGCCGGGACAAGGUUUGGGGCAUUUGAUGUGAAGAAAGAGAGCAGCGAGCAAAUGGCACAUGGCUCUGAGUAUUGUUGGGAGGAUGGGAGGCCGUCCCAUUUUGUUGAUGCCAGUGACAGCUCUGUUUCAAACUGGAUGAGAUUUGUAAACUGUGCACGUUAUGACAAUGAGCAGUGUGUCACAGCAUACCAGCACAAUGGUGAAAUGCACUACAUGGCCCUUAGAGACAUCGAUGUUGGCACAGAAAUACUGGUGUACUAUGGCAACAACUAUAACAGAGACCUGAGUAUUCAGGUACAGAGGAUUGGUGUUGUGAACAAUGACUUUGAUUCAUAUCUGAAAUACAAACAUGAAAUGGAAAUCCCUGACAUUAAGGGUCUGGAUCUCACAGUUGACAACAUUGAACAUUCUUAUCAGUUAUCAAACUUUCAUCAACAACGUAGAAUUCGUAGAGGAAAAAAGCUUCACAAGUGUGACACUUGUGGUAAAUAUUUUGCAGAUUUCUAUCGUAUAAAGUUACACCUUAAAACUCAUCUAGGAGAAAAGCCUUACAAGUGUGACCAAUGUUGUAAAUGUUAUACACAGAUUAGUCAAUUAAAUAAGCACCUUAAAGUCCAUACAGGAGAAAAUAUUCACAAGUGUGACCAAUGUGGUAAAUGUUUUGCAACUCGUGAUCCGAUACAGAGGCAUCUUAGAAAUCAUUUAGGAGAAAAGCCUUACAAGUGUGAUCAAUGUGGUAAAUGUUUUCCAACUCUUGAUCCGAUACAGAGGCACCUUAUAAAUCAUCUAGGAGAAAAGCCUUACAAAUGUGACCAAUGUGGUAAAUGUUUUAUCAAGCUUAGUAGCCUUAAGAGUCAUCGUAAAAUUCAUACAGGAGAGAAGCCAUUCAAAUGUAACAUAUGUUGUAAAUGUUUUACCCAGUUAUGUCACUUAAAGAAGCACAAUAGAACUCAUUCAGAAGCAAAGAGAUACAAGUGUGACAAAUGUGGUAAAGGUUUUAAUACUCUUUGUGAAAUAACAAGACACCUUAGAAUUCAUAUUGGAGAAUUGCCUUACAAGUGUGACAUUUGUGGUAAAGGUUAUCCCCAGUCUGGCAACUUAAAGAUACACAAUAGAAUUCAUACAGGAGAGAAGCCUUACAAAUGUGAUAAAUGUGGUAAGUGUUUUACAAGUACCAGCUGUUUAAGAGGACACAAUAAAACUCAUUCUGGAGAAAAACCUUACAAGUGUGAUACUUGUGGUAAAUGUUUUACCCAGAAUAGUAACUUAAAGAUUCACCAAAGAGUUCACACUGGAGAGAAGCCGUUCAAAUGUGAUCAAUGUGGUAAAUGUUUUUCUCAGGUUGGUAACUUUAGUAAACACCUUAUUAUGCAUUUAAAAGUUUAAGUUUAAAAGUUUAAAAGUUUAAGUAAUGCGGUAAAUGUAUUUCAGAUCUCUCACAUUUAUCAGAACAUAAAUUAAAAACCACCACUGAAAUAUAUCCAAAAUGUGACGCUUUUCUUUUUACUUUCUUUUAUGAGCAGUGGCUCUUAACAUUUUUGGAGAUACUGAACCAGAGUUUCUU